GACCACAGAGCGCCAUCUAACGGAGAAAGCCAGUACAAACGAAUCGACAGUUUGGAUGCUUCCGUAGCGUUGCUUUUUCAUAAUAAUAGGCCAUUUUUCGUGUGAUUAGCAAAUAAACCGGAGAAAAUGUUCCGGAAAAAGAGCAGUAAAAGUGACCUCCAGACGGAAUAUUCGUGUAGCAUUCGUUUUCUGGAUGAUUCUGAGCCGAUCCAGCUUUCAUUCAAGAAAGACACAAUCGGACAAUGGCUACUCGAAAGGGUCUGCGAAAAACUGAACAUAGUAGAAAAGGAUUACUUUGGUCUGAGAUAUGUAGAUUCAGAAAAACAGAGACACUGGUUAGAUCCUAUAAAAACAGUAUAUAAACAACUUAAAGGAGUUAAUCCAAUGGUUUUGUGUUUUCGAGUGAAGUUUUACCCUGCAGAACCCAUGAAGUUACACGAAGAAAUCACACGAUAUUUUAUGUUCCUUCAAUUACGUCGGGACCUACACCAUGGCCGUUUACUCUGCUCCCCACAAGAUGCUAUUUUAUUAGCAGCAUACAUCGUGCAAUCUGAAGUUGGAGAUUAUGACCAAGAAGAUCAUCCACUAGGUUAUAUAAGUGAGUUCAAGAUGCUUCCUAAACAAAAUGCCAAAAUGGAAGAACAGAUAAUGGAAAUGCAUAAGACCCUCAAGGGCCAAGUGCCAUCUGAAGCAGAAGGUAACUUUUUAAGGAAAGGGUGUACGCUAGAUACAUAUGGUGUUGAUCCCCAUCAAGUCAAGGAUUCUCGGGGUGAUCAAUUGUAUCUAGGAGUAACUCAUCAAGGUAUCAUGACCUUCCGUGGAAGUAGACGCACACAACUUUUCAAAUGGAACCAGAUUCGACGAUUAGCUUAUGAAGGAAAAAUGUUUAUCGCUCACGUCAAUGUAACAGAGGAUGAAGAAACAACCAGUCCAAAGAAGGAAGCAGAAGAGAAUAUAAAUGAGAGAAAAAAAGAGAAGGAAAAGAAGCAGCAGCCAAUUGGUUACAAGUGUGCUACAACAUCAGCCUGUAAAUAUCUCUGGAGAUGUGCAGUUGAACAACAACUUUUCUUCACGCUGUCUUCAUCAAUUAACACGCCCAAGGUGAAAUCAGGUGGUACUUUGUUCUCAAGAGGAUCAAAGUUCCGAUUCAGUGGACGAUGUCAGGCAGAGGCAUAUGUUGCUAGUGAAAAUAUCAAGAGAGAUGAACCAAACUUUGCUAGGACAUCAUCUCUGCCUAACUUUGCUCGCAAACAUGAUAAAACUGCGCUUAAGGAUGCAUCCAUAACAAUUGACCCUCCAGCUCGAGAAGAUCUGUCCAAGAAAUAUAACGUAAAUACAUGGAGCCCGAGAGUUAUUUCUGCAGAAUCCAGCAUGACCGUGAGAAAUCCCCCAUCUCCCCCAAGAGCACGAGCAACUCCCCCAUCUGUCCCCAUUAUAUCUGUACCAGAUAUUGUGUAUCCAACUACCAAGGAUAGAGUAGGAGAAUCUGCUGUCGAUGUUCCCAGGGCAUAUGGCAGCCCCCCCUCUCCUACUUCAUUGGUCCAAUCUAGUCCAACAGUAAAAGCUCCUCUAGCUGAAGCUGAAGAUGUAAUUGAGGCUGGUAAUCAGAGACUGGUUCAGGCCUCUACACCGAUUAGAAAAGAGAAUGGUUCAGCAGUUAGUUCAGCAUUAAGAAACGACAACCUGGACAUUACCUUACCCUACAAUCCUAAUAUGACACAAGAUGAAGAUGACGAUGAUAACCAACCAAGAACUAGUUUGGAUGAUCAGAUCAAACAACUAGAAGACCAGUACUCAAAAUUACAAAGCGAACCAAAUAAUGUUGAACUACCAGAUGGUGUUGCAGAACAAACAAAGGCAGGUACUACAGGAAAGUCAACAGUUGCUAAAGGCGGAAAAUCUGGUUGUGCCACUUGCUGUAAAGCACUAUUCAUCUCUUUGUUUUUUGUGGCCAUUUUGGCAACAGUGACAUUUUAUAUUCUGUUUUACUCAGAAAUCAACCAUCCUAUUGUAAAUGAUCUGCGAAAACAAACCAUAUUUUUGGAGCCAGUGAAAGCUUUUGUCGACGACAAGAUCACCAUCAUCAAAAAAGCCUUGAAAUAAACUCUUAUGCUAAUUUAUCUAUCACGUUUCAUCUAACAUAUCGCAAUAAUAUUUUCUUGUUGGUUGAUGGAGGGAAAAAAAAAACAUUUAUUGAAAUUUCCACAAAUAUUUUUACACAUUCUUUAAUGGAACUGCUAGAGAAAAUUGGAUCAAUACAUAUUUUUGUAAAUUAGUCUUUAUGAAUAAUGUAGAUUUUGUCGACAGUUUUGUUAAUAGGAUUUCUAAAGUCGUUCAUUUUGAAAAGGAAAAAAUAUGUGUCUGUUUAUUUUUGUUGAAUUGUGUAUUGGUAACUGUUUUCUUUCUUUAAGUGCAGAGGAUAUGGGUUUUUUGUUUUUAUGCUGGUAGAUACAUAACUCAUUUACAUACAAAAAUUCAGGUUCUCUCAUCUUGUAGAACACCUCCUCAUCCAAGUGUUUUGUGAAUUUUGUUUGUUUAAAGCUUAUGCUGUUUUCGACACACAAGGUGAGAUUUUGCUGAAAAUUUAAUAUUACAGAGAGAUAUACAAAGUGGUGUAGGUAUCUGUUGGAUGAUUCCUUUCUGAAACGGGAUCAAGAUACUAAUGGAAGUGAUAUUUGGAACAUAUCAGGCACUUAAAUUUUAAUAUUAGUGUAAAUUAUUGAUAAUACAGUAUAUAUAUUAUCAUGGCUAUUAUCUAUCCACUUUGUUUAUAAAUCUCAUACAGAACAAACUGGUUCUACCAGUAAACCAAAAACCUCUCUUACAUAAUAGAAUUAAGCAGGGGUUUUGCCAUAAGAACAAAAAGAUGAAGGUUAAAAUCUGUUAAGUGUGUUCUUUUGUGAAUGUGUGUGUCUAUCAUAGAAAUAUAAUGCUAUUUGUUUUAUGUUCCUAGUUCUGAAGUAUUUGGUUAACUAACAUUAUGGAAAUUGGCAUAUCUGAAUUUUACAAGACCUAACAAUGAAAAUGUACAAAAUAAGAUUUAUGGAUGGGGAUCAUUAUCUCCACUUACUUCAUUAUUUUAAGUUGUUUAUUGUGGCAUUCUUCAGCUUAUCGGUUUAGAUUUACUGUCUUUGGAUUUCUCUUCUAUAAGGACUUUAUUCAUUUUAAACUAUAUAUGUAUACAAAUUUCUGUGUAGGUGAAGUUGUUAAUAUAGGAAUUCAUUCAAGGCUAUACUAUUGUUUAGUUACUAUAACAUUUAUAUAUAGAUAUAUUGUAAAAACAGCUAUUAUAAUUAUUAUUAACACUACUACACAUAAUGUUCAUUGCUUUACUUAUUAUUGCAAUAUUUUGUUAAAUCAUGUCAUAUUAGAUUAAUGAACCUCAGACACUGUUUGGAAAUCACUGUCAAGACAAGGAUCAAUUUUUCAGGGACAAAGAACGUUAAUGAAGCAUCCAUAAUUAUGUCCCUACAAGAGCCCCUCUGUUUACGUUGUAGGGGAUUCGAGUAACUCUUGUUGAUGAUUAUGGGUUUUUAAGGGAUUUGUCAUGGGGUUGCUCAAUAUAUAUUACUGUAAAUGUAUUAUGAAGUUCAUUAAUCUUAUAAUUAGAAAUUGAUUAUUUGUUCUUGUACGUUUGAGGAACAAGAAUUAGAUGGGAUACUCGGCACAGAAUGGAGCUUUUUUGAUGGUGAUAUGAAGGUUUCCUAUAUUUCAUUAUGAAGAAAGGAGAGUUGAAAAUUUCUUAAGUGCCUCAAAACUUUGUACAUUUUAAUGUUUGGUUAACAAAGUGGGCCAUGUUUAUUUUUAGGCAGAGACAAAAUGAUGAUUGUACAUCACAUUUGUAUUAUUAUUAUUAUUGAUGUCCAGGUAUUUUAUUCCUUUCUUCAUAGUAACAUAUUGAAAUCUGAAGAAAUCAUUUUUUUUUUAAAUAUUCUGCUUUUAUAAAAUAUAACAUUUACUCUUUAUAUAUAAUCUCUCUUUUGGAGAACUUGUUGGUUUUUUUCCCUUUUUAGAAAUAAUUUUUAUUUAAUGCCUUAUAUAGGAAGAUGAAAUUGUACAUUUAGUUUAGUGUAUAGAAUUUUUACAAUGUCUGUUUUUUGUUUUCUUAAUAUAUGGUUGUAAUAUAAUAUGGAAUCACAAAUAAAAUGAAAUGAAUAAGUAAUAUGAAAGUUCAUGUUCAAAAUAAUAAUUAUAUAUACAUAUAUAUAUAUAUAUAUAUUGCCAUGGCAGCAAAUUUUAUUCACUAAUAUUUUAUUUUGUUUCUCUAAAUAGUUUUUACCACUUGGUUGUUGCUUGUUCUUAGGGUAAAAUAAAUGAAUUUGAGAAAUGAAAAUGUAAUUGAAUGGCAACACGAUAACCACUGUAGAUAAAGAAAUGUUUACAUAGAAUACAGACAUCUAAUAUUUUAAACUUUGAAUAAACAAAAUAUUUAUCAUUGUAUAGAUUGUUGUCUUACUCCUUAUAAAACAUAAUAAUAGUUUAACAUUUUGUUGUAGAACUAUAAACUUAUCCUUUGUAUGUUGAUUAAUGUGUUUAUGUUUCUGUUUAGCUAGUCCCUCUUUGUUUGGUUGUGCAUCAAUUGCUGAUAUGUUGUGUCCUCAAACUAGCUAUUAGAUAAUUCACUGUUAACUCUAAAAUAAAAACAAAAAUCUGUCAUUCA